AUGAAAUUCGGCAGCGAACCAAUUCCUUUGAAACGGCAUACGGGUAUUGGCUCGAAUCUCAACACAGAGACAUUAUGUUCCAGCCCAACCAAUGAACAGACGGACAGAGAAGAACAACCGGAACAACUCGAAAAACUUUAUAUCAACACAGGCGUCGGUGAAACCAGAUCAAGCGGGUUGUCCAAACGAUUUGAAAUGAAUGCGUAUAAUAAAUCAGCUACCUGCAGGGAAAUCGGGAGGGGAGGCAAUGAUGCAGAGCUCCAGAACAAACCAAAAACCAGCCAGAAGGCUUGGGUAAUGCAAAUUGGUUUCAGAGGGAUGAAUGCCGAUCGUUCACAUAUCGCAGCGGAAGCUGACAUCAGUUCAGCUCUUGGGUUCUGCAAAAGUCUCAACUACAUCUACUUUUUCCAGGCAAAUUGGUUUCAUAGGGAUGAAUGCCGAUCGUUCACACAUCGCAGCGGAAGCUGA